AAUAAACAAAGUACUUACCAAUACUAGUUUACAUCAUCCUUUCAAGGAGUACUGUAUAGGAAAACGCAUCUUCAGAGGAAAAGCUAGGCAUCAUACAUUGCUUUUUGAAAAGUGUAAGUCUCCGUUUAUGAGACCUCAGACGGCAGUAUGACGCUCUCGCACGUCGGAUGACGCUGUUAAUUUUUAAUCAUUAGAUUUAGAACUUGGACUUACUUCUACUACUUAACUUUUUCAAGGAAAAGAAAAUAGAAAAAAAUGUCUGCAACUACCGCAUCUUCUUCCGCAUCUUCUUCUUCGUCUGCGACCGCAGAAGGACAGUCACAGAUCAAACCCGAGAUGAAAGGGGAUGAUAAAAAAGAAGCUUCAUCUUCACCUGCCGUUGAAGAGUCUUUUUUGAAAUCGACAAAGGAGCGAGGCGAUUUAAACCAGUAUUGGUUCUCAGAGAAGACAAUCAAGGUUUUCAUACGAAUUAUCGAAGGACAUAUCGAAAAAGGGGUUGCUGCAGGAGGGCAAAAGCCGAAAGUAGCGCUAGUUUCUUGUCCUUCGCUUUAAGGCAAUUGUGGUCGUGUACUUAGCUAGCUUCGCUUCAUAGCUACAGGCGUGUACUCAGCUAGAAGCUCGGCUCGUGUCUCACAUUGAUAUCAGGGUGGGCAUCCUCCCUAGCCCUUUAAUAUAUAUGAUAUGUGUGUAGAACUAGAAGAAGAUGCAUCGUCAUCGUCAACAUCCUUCUCCUUGACUUUUUCUGGUGUAGAAGAUGCAUCUUCUUGGCUCUAACGAACCUUGUUUCAACAUCAAUGUUAUUCUCGACUCGUCUUGUCUGGUUCCUCAGCACAAAGACCCUCAGCCAACAAGGCCGUGCGCAAGAAUGCAAAUUUUUGCUCUAAUGUGUUUAUUUUUCAGUGGCAGCAGCUUUGCGACAGUACUGCAUUGUGCUAGACAUCGACGAGCAGUGGCGAGAUGAUCCUGGGUUUGUCUAUUACGAUUUUAACAUGUCCUUUGCGGACGAAGCCGAGGCAGGAGAGCUGACAGGACACAAGCACGAUUGCUCUUUGGUAGUGAUCGACCCACCCUACAUCACCGAAGAAGUUUGGCGAAAAUAUGCUGUUUGCGCGAACUACCUUGCAAGAGCAGCACCAGCGCCUGCGCAACUCCUUUGCACGACAGUCUUCGAGAACAGACAGAUGAUGCAAGAAAUCCUCAACGUGAAGCCUUGCCAUUUCCGUCCCAGUAUUCCAAAUCUCGUGUACCAGUACUGCGUAUAUGUCAACUUCGAACAUGCUCUGUUGACAGAAUUAUGGCUCCUACCACAAGUGCAUCUAUUCAGUCAUAUAGAUUGAUAAGAUAGUAAGUUGUCUGUGUGAUAACUACAUUCAAAUCAUGUAGCAAAAAAGGAGUAAAAAAGGAAGAAAAGAAGAAAUAGAUAGCUUCCAACAUCAACCUCUUGCCGGGCACAUCAAUUCAGUCAUAAUCAAAUCAUGUAGAUUGAUAAGGUAGUAAGUUGUCUGUGUGAUAACUACAUUCAAAUCAUUGUUGCGAAGCAGAAUCUUUUUGCAUCCUCCUAUUUUCAUGGGGCUUAAGCUUAAGAGGUGGCUCUAACAAAAGCCAAUAUAGAAAUCGGGGACGACGAUACGUGGCUCAAGGAAGCGCUGCGAGCGGAAGAGGAAGAUUACGGCUUGUUGAGACCUUAAUAUUAACAAACUAAUGAAUAGUGCACCUGCACCUAGAAUAAACGGAUCCUAAACUCGAUGGACAAAUUUUUCUUACAGUCCUAUUGUAAGUAUAUACCUCUACCUUUUUCUAUCUUUCCUAGAUAGGUUGGCUCCACCACAAAUAAGUAGUAGUACCAGAAGUCUGAAGUUCUGGUCAAGACUUUAUUACAUGAUACAUCUAUGAACAAAUGAUAUUUUCGCACGCGGCAUGGUGCAAACAGAGUAGUGACUGUUAUCGCAAUAUAACAACAUCAUCAGUUGUUCAUGUUGUACGAGUACUAGUAGUCAGUACUAGUAAUCAGUACUAGUACGUAGUCUACGUACUAGUAGUCAGUACUAGUUAGUACGUAGUCAGUACUAGUAGUCAGUUGUACCAGUGUGAGUGAGUGACCAGUGACGUAGAGGUAGACAUUCCUCUAAGACAAGCGGCGAAGAAGAGAGGCAGCGCCUAAAAGUCCACCUAUAGUUAGGAGGGGAGCAGGUUGGAGCAAAUUUUUAGACGAGGAAGAAGCAAACCGUGACGGUGAAGAUGGAGAGCAGAAAUUGGAAGGUCAGGUGGUGGGAGGCUGAAUAAAAAGACUAGAUCAAUUUUUUUAGACAAAAAAAUACUUCUUCAAGAAUCUCCUUCGUUGGCCUGUUCACUUAUCAAGCUGCAUGAAGAAUAAUGGCAUUCACAAUCAUGGUAGCUCCAUCAUGAAUUAUCAUGUGAGUUUCAUCAUGAAUUAUCAUGGUAGUUCUAGUUUCAUCAACAGGCAGCAGAGGACCACAGGCACAGACUGAAGUUCCAUAACGAUUUCGUUCUGCCGCCAUUGACGAGGCUUCCAACAGGUAACGAAUUACAUUGAUGACUUUCACACAAUGUUGAUUCGAAGAAAAAGCUUUUGUUUCCAUGGGGUCGUGUCCGCGGGUCCACCCUGCAAAGCGACUCUACUCUAACAAGAUUUGUUCGGG